AUGAACAAUAGAUCAGUACCAUCGUCAUCAUCUUCAUCGGAAACAUUAACAAAUAGAUCACAGCUUCAUUCAAACAGCAAACUAAUCCACGUUAAUCCACCAAAAUCACGCCUCAUAUCCCCAAAACUUUCUUUCCUACUCCUCCUCCUCCUCCCUAUCUGCGCCGUCAUCCUCCUCUUCAUCGUCAUUAUAAUUCAUCAACACCCACAAAAUUUCAUCCACCAUUUCCCCCCUUCCACCACCAACUGCACUACUACUACUACUGUCACCGCCCAACCGCCACAGUCUUCUACUGCCUCACGACUCCGGCGUGCAGUCACUUUUCUACCUCUAAAGGACUUGCGCUAUGCCUCCGUUGCACAUAAUGGCCACACCUGGUUCAUCAGCUCUAUGUACGAUACCCAGGAAGAAGGUGAGGUUCAGUACCAGAGAUUUCCAUCAGAAGCUUCACACGGUCGAGUAUUGUGCCUCCGUGGAAAGGACACGCACGACGGGUCCUGGAACUCGUAUGGGCUGGCGUGGGCUGAUUCGCUGCCCGAAAAUGCAACAUUCAUGAAGGGAAAGACAUUUGUGUCCUACAAUCAUUACAACUACGACAACAUAUGGCAUGGAUUAUCAGCUAUGGUCCCUUUUGUAGCUUGGCACAUCAAGACCGGUUGCUCUACUAUACCACCUUCUAGAUGGAUUCUUUACCAUUGGGGUGAACUUAGGAGCAGCAUCAGUCCCUGGCUCAGGACUAUUAUGGAGGCCACUUUUUCUGCUCCUCUUCUUAUAGAGGAUUUUCAAAACUGGCCUUCUACAGGCGGAAACAGUACAUCCGAGGACUUGCCCACUGCCUGUUUUGAAGAGGCGGUUGUCAUGAGACACAACGAAGGGGGGAUGUCUAGACAAAGAAGAGUGGAGGUUUACGAUUUGAUGAGGUGUAGGGCUAGGGUUCAGUGCAACCUUACUACGCUCCAAAACAGACCCUUGAUCGGAAUGACAAUGUUUAUGAGAACCGGACCAAGAUCGUUUAGGAAUGAAAGUGAAGUGAUUAGGAUUUUCGAGAAAGAGUGUAUGAAGGUGAAAGGUUGUCAAUUAAGAGUUGCUUACUCCAAUAACCUCACUUUCUGUCAACAGGUGGAAGUUAUGAAGUGGACGGACAUAUUGAUAUCACCACACGGAGCACAACUAACAAACAUGUUCCUAAUGGAUAGAAACAGCAGUGUUUUGGAGUUCUUCCCCAAAGGAUGGCUGAAACUGGCCGGAGUUGGGCAGUACGUGUAUCACUGGAUAGCCAGUUGGUCGGGCAUGAUCCACCGUGGGGCAUGGAGGGAUCCGGUUGGGGAUGGGUCUUGUCCGUAUCAGGAAGAUGACAAAAGGUGCAUGUCCUUUUACAAGAGUGGAAAGAUUGGUUAUAACCAGACACAUUUCUCAGAAUGGGCAAGAGACGUGCUCAAUGACGUCUCCACAAGGAAGAAAGAAGCAGCAACAACAGCAAAAGGAGGAUCAGCUAAUUAUAAUAAGGAUGAAGAAUGCGUUUGUGGAUCUAAUUAA